GGUUGAUUAGUAUCUUGUUUCGGUGCAUGCAAAUGUGGGCAGAAAGCAACACAGGCGGAAGGGGCCAAGCAAUAGGCAGCCCCCUCAUAUAUUUAUGCGAUUGGGGCCAGCUUUUGGUCAUUAGGAAAGGCUUGCUUGUCCUCCCAUCUCUUCCUCUCUCUCUCUCUUUCCUUGUGUGUGGUUUCUGGGAGAAGAAAGAGGGACAGAGAGAGAGGAAUAAAAAGGUGGGCAAGGACAUGGAGAUGGCCAUGAUUUCACCUCAGGCCCUUCCUCUCUCCCCAAACACUUCCCGAUAGAUUCCAUCCCCUCUCUAUCAUCCUGGGUUUCCUCCCACCUUUUCUCAUCUUAAUUGCAAAGGUUUCUGCGGGAUAACAUUUGUUUUGGUGAGUCCUAUACAAUCUUUCCCUUCUUUUUAUGUUGCUUUUCUCACUCCCCCCUCCGCUCGUAUUUCAACUUCUUGAAUCCCAUGCGCACAAUGGUAGUACCUACUUGCGGCCAUUCUAGUUGAUAGAGCCAGCCGGCCGGCUCCCCUGAUGCUUGGUUAUUUUCUAAGAGGAAAUUCAGAGAGGGGAGACUCUAGCUAGCUCUGGUGAAGGAGAAUCAACAAGAGUUUGGAGAGGGGAAAAGGGAUGGAAGGCGAGAGCUUCUCGGGGAUGGGCAAUGGAGGCGGCGGCGGCGGAGGGGGGCACCACCAGGUGGUGGACGGGAAGCUGAUCCAGACGUUCCACAAGAGCUUCGUGCAGGUGCAGAGCAUCCUGGACCAGAACCGGAUGCUCAUCUCCGAGAUCAACCAGAACCACGAGUCCCGGGCGCCGGACAGCCUCACCCGCAACGUCGGACUCAUUCGGGAGCUCAACAACAACAUCCGCCGCGUCGUCGGCCUCUACGCCGACCUCUCCGCCUCCUUCGCGCACCGUGGUGCCGCCAUGGACGGCGGCUCCUCGGAGGGCGACUCUUCGGGCACGCUGCGCUCCUCCGAUGCCGCCGGCCGCGCCGCCGCCGCCGCCGGACAGAAGCGCGUCCGACCCGGCUAGCUUGGCCCGACCGGAUGGUGCCUGCCGUUUCUUGGCAUCGCCAUGGAUGCUGCACUAGCGAGAAAGGAUGUGAGUUACUGAUGAGAUGUUUGCUACUCCUACUUACUAGUACUAGGCUAGUUCUUCCUUGCUUAAUUUCUUGCUGUGCUUCUUCUUCUUUGCCGCAAAGUGCUUUUCCUCAACCCUUGAUGGUGAGAAAAAGGAAAACUUUUCUGUACAAGUCCAUGUGACGAUGAGCAAAAAACACCAGUUCUUGAGAAACUGCAGCCUUACUAUUA